AUGUUUCUUAAGAAAAAUAGUCAGAACGACUUUGACCAUCCUGAUGGAUUUGGGCCUAUUUCAGAAAUCCGGGGUAUUAGAGCAUUGGCAACACCUUACACGAUAGCACCUACUCGUUCAACGGGUUGGCCUUCAUGGGAUGAGCCAAAUCCGUACCGUUACAAUCGCCUAACAACUGAUCGUUGUUGGGGUCCAGCUGAUGAUCAAUAUACGUACGAGCCUCAGUUUGUGGAGAAUGCUGGUAAUGUAGAUGAAGAUUAUGUUCCAUCGUCUGAAGCCGAGACUGAUACAAGCGCCUCUGAAGACUUGUCGGGGCCAGAGAACGUGAGAAGGGCGGGGAUUGAAUAUGCAGGUUGGCAGAAUUUGCAGAUCGACGACGAUGAUGACGAACAGGUUCCUGGAGCAGAUGAACUAACUAAUUGGUUAGUUCCGGUUAUCCCGUUGGACGCUGCAGCGGCACUUGUUGAUAUUGAAGAUUAUCAGCUACUGCCUCGGGAGUUGUCAAAGAAUAUGUAUUUCAUUAGCAAAAAUGAUCUGAUCGUUGCAAUCGGUCUGUGGAACAUGAAGCAGGGCAAGGAAUUUUCUGUCAGCAAAUCAGACAGCAGACGAGUCUACUUCAAAUGCAAGCAUUCAGAUACGUGCCCCUUCAAGCUCCAUGCAUCGUCACAAGAUGGAGCCAUUUGGAGAGUGUAUAAGUUCACCAAUGAGCACUCAUGCGACGGUGAGCUAGGGCGCGUAGCGCGAAUAAAGGCCCCCGCAAAAGUCGUCGCAACAUAUUUAGCACAGAAAAUACACGACGAUUGCGAGAUCUUGAAGCCGAAGGCCAUCCAGCUGGAGCUGCGACGUGAGUUUAGCGUACAGAUCAAGUACGAUGUUGCAUUGCGAGCCCGUAAUCGAGCCACUGAGAUGGUUUAUGGUCGACAUGAUCAGUCCUUCGAGAUGCUGCCCAAGUACUUAUACAUGUUGAGACAAUUCAAUCCCGCUUCGGCUAUCCCUUUCAUGUUCAGCUUACGGCCAGUGAUUGUCGUCGAUGGCACACACUUGAAGGGCAAGAAUAGGGGUAUUUUGUUUGUUGCAGUGACGAAGGACGGCAACGAGAGUUUGUUCCCACUCGCGUAUGGUGUUGGCCCGAAAGAAAACGAUGAAUCGUGGACUUAUUUCAUGUCACGCAUUCGACGUGUUUAUGGCCAAGCCGAUCCACUUUUGAUUGUCUCUGAUCAGCAUAUCUCCAUUGCCAAUGCUAUCAGGAAUGAGUUACCAAAUGCAACCCACGGCCUAUGCUACUACCAUUUGCAAAAUAACCUGAAGCAUUACGGUAAGGCAGUGGUCGAGGUGUAUCGACAAGCUGCAUUUGCGUACGAGAAGUCCGACUUCAAUAGGGCUAUGAACGCCCUGAAGUUUAUGAAGAGAGCUGCGUACGAUAAACUAAUGGGGAUUGGGCCGGAGAAGUGGGCUCGUUCGAUGUGUCAUAUGCUUGUGCGACGCUACAGUUUUAUGACAUCAAAUGCUGCUGAAGCUUUUAAUUCCAGAUUGUUGUGGGCAAGAAGACUUCCUAUAUGCUCGAUGUUAGAGGCAAUCAGAAUUGUUAUUGAGAAAUGGUUCAGCGAGCGACUAAGGGCUGCACAACAAAUCGAGCAAGGCUUGACUGCUGAGGCUGGUAAAAGGGUAGCUAUUGAAGUCCAAAAAAGUCGUCGAUACACUGCACAAAGGUUGAGUGGCAUGAAGUAUAAGGUGCAAACUGCUGACAGAAGCUUCAAGGUGGAUCUGGAGAAGAAAAAAUGCGAAUGUCGAGUAUUUCAGCUAGACCAACUGCCCUGUUCUCAUUCAAUCGCUGCAAUAAGUGAAGCCGGUGAUACGAUCGCGGAGUAUGUAGACUCGUACUACACGAAUGACUUUCUUAUCGAUACUUACUCUCGCGAAGUUAAUAAUCUCCCGCCGAGACGCCAGUGGUUGGUUCCCGAGCACAUCGCUGAGCAGGUUGUAUUACCUCUGAUUGUAAAAGGUCAAGCGGGGCGCCCAAAAGAAGGUAGACAUCGAGGUGGUGGUGAAGGCAGCAGCACACAAGCAGAUGAGUCUUCUAGUAUCAUGCGUCGUAAACCAAAGAAGUGCAGCAUCUGCCAUGAGGAAGGACACAGCAAGAGAACGUGCGCUGGCAGGGCGACUGAGCCCAGGGAGUAG